UUCUCUUCCUUCCCACUCUGCGGAGCAAAAGUAAGCAGUAAAUAAGGCUCGGUUAAGCUCCAUCUCCUAUCUCGCUUUCUCUCUCUCUCUCUCUGAUCUCAGGGGAAGGAAGCAGAGGAUUUUGUCUCUGUCUGCAGCUCUCUGCUCUGCAAAAGAUCGAACCUUUGAUUCCAGUUGUUGGGGGAGAGACCUCAAAGGGGUCCCAUUUGUGGCCAUCAUCGUACUCUGUCUGUCUCUCCCAGAGGAAAAUGGGGUCUUGUCACUGUGAAGAGAUCUGAAGAAGAAGAAGAAGAAGAAGAAGAAAUGCAGCAGAAGAAGAACAAGAAAAGUAUCAGCUGCUGAUGAGAUUGAUUCCACGCCCCUCCACCACUGAUAAAUAACAAUAAAUUUUCAUUUUUUAAGAAAAAAAUCAAUUUUUUUUUCUCUUUUGAGUUCUGUCGGGUUAGUUGGGUGGUGAAUUGUUUGGAGCUUUGAUUCUCUCUCUCCCAUGGACAUCUGACUGAAUGCUUGCAAGAGGGGAAGAAGAAGAAAGAGAAAGGGCCAGAAGAUGAAGGACAAGGCACAAUGGAGGAUUAGUGUGGCUGUGGGUAUCUUUUUCUGUUUCCUUUCCUUCUUCCUCGCGCCGUUGGAAGCCCGGCAGCUUCUGCAGCAACAACAGGGCAGCAACGGGUACGAUGAUGUCCUUGCCCUGCUGGCCUUCAAGAAUUCCUCGGUCAUCUCCGAUCCGAGCGGACUCCUCUCCGACUGGAAGCCCGGUUCCUCGACCCCGUGUUCGUGGCGAGGCGUCUUGUGCGGGACCGACAACCGCGUGCUGGCCCUCAACCUCUCCAACUUUGGCCUAGUUGGGCAGCUCUACCUCCCCGGCCUUGCCGGCCUCGCUGGCCUCCGGACUCUGAGCUUACGAGGCAACCGGUUCUCCUCUGGCGACCUCUCUAGCCCUUCCCCCUGCCUCCUGGAGACAGUGGACCUCUCCUCGAACAACCUCUCGGACCCUUUACCGGCAAAGUCGUUCCUGACUUCCUGCAGCCAGUUAGCUUCCGUCAACCUCUCCGGCAAUUUGAUCCCCAGCGGGAGCCUCCAAUUUGGUUCUUCUCUGCUCCAACUCGACCUCUCCAGGAAUCAGAUUUCCGAUCCGGACCUCGUAGCUGGCUCCCUCUCGGCAUGCCAAAACCUGAACUUCCUCAACUUUUCGGGUAACAAGUUCAGCGGGAAACUACACCUGGCUUCUUCCUUGUCUUGCAAGAACCUCGAGGUCCUCGACCUCUCGCACAACAACUUCUCCGGGAGCUUCCCGGGGCUCGAUUUCACGGGUUUCAGAAACCUCACCACGCUCGACCUCUCACACAACCUCCUGUCAGGUACUGGUUUUCCGGAAAGCUUAAGCAACUGCCGGCUUCUAGGGGCCCUAGACCUGUCUCACAAUGAGCUCCAGGGCACGAUUCCUGGUGUGCUCCUAGGAAGUUUCAGGAGUCUGAGGAAGCUGUCUCUGGGGCACAACCAUUUUAGCGGUCAGAUCCCGGAGGAGCUGGGGCAAGCUUGCGGGACCUUGCGGGAGCUGGAUCUCUCAUCAAACAAUCUCAAGGGGGUGCUGCCCUCCACAUUCUCUUCGUGUUCGAGCUUACAGAGCCUUGAUCUUGGUAACAAUUUCCUCUCCGGAGAUUUUAUCACCAUGGUUAUCAGCGGACUUUCCAGUCUCCAGUACCUACGAGUUGCAUUCAACAACAUAACCGGACCUGUUCCCAUAGCCCUGACAAACUUAACUCAGCUCCGUGUGCUCGAUCUUAGUUCUAAUGGCUUCGUUGGGAAAAUCCCUUCAGGUUCAUGUUCAUCAGGCUCGUGGUCCUCCCUAGAGAAACUGCUCUUAGCCAAUAACUAUCUAUCCAGUGCCGUGCCUUCAGAGCUUGGGAAGUGCAGGAGCCUGAGAGCGAUUGACUUCAGUUUCAACAACCUAACUGGAGAAAUCCCGAGAGAAAUUUGGGACCUACCGAAGCUAACCGACUUAGUGAUGUGGGCAAAUAAUCUCAGAGGAGAAAUCCCUGAAGGGAUUUGUGUCACGGGAGGGAACCUCGAGAUGUUGAUUCUCAAUAACAACUUCAUAUCCGGAUCCAUUCCCAAGUCCAUUGCCAAGUGCACAAAUAUGAUCUGGGUCUCCCUCUCGAGCAACCGGCUCACUGGAGAAAUCCCUCCCGGAAUCGGGAACCUCCCCAAUAUUGCGAUCCUCCAACUGGGCAACAACUCUUUGAGUGGGCAGAUUCCAGCAGAGCUAGGGAAAUGCCGGGGCUUGAUUUGGCUCGAUUUGAACAGCAACAAUCUCACAGGCCCCCUCCCUCCUGAGCUUGCCGACCAAGCGGGCCUGGUCACUCCAGGCAGUGUCUCAGGCAAGGAGUUUGCAUUCGUGAGGAAUGAGGGUGGGACAGCUUGCAGAGGAGCGGGUGGGCUGGUUGAGUUCGAAGGUAUUCGCCCCUCCAGGCUCGAGAGCUAUCCCAUGGUGCACUCCUGCCCUUCCACGAGAAUCUACACGGGCCUAACAGUCUAUACCUUUGCGAGUAAUGGCAGCACGAUCUACCUCGACUUGUCAUACAACUCCUUGUCGGGAAACAUUCCUGAGAGCUAUGGGUCGAUGAGCUUCCUGCAGGUGCUGAAUUUGGGCCACAACGGGCUGACUGGAAGCAUCCCCAACAGUUUCGGGGGGCUUAAAGCGAUCGGAGUUCUUGACCUCUCGCACAACCACCUCCAAGGAUACAUCCCCGGAUCAUUGGGGUCCCUCUCCUUCCUAAGCGACCUUGAUGUCUCGAAUAACAACCUAAGCGGCGUGAUCCCUUCGGGAGGUCAAUUAACAACCUUUCCAUCAUCAAGGUAUGAGAACAACACGGGCCUUUGUGGGCUGCCUCUUCCACCUUGCGGGUCCAGUGAUGGGUCACGCCGGCCAAUGAGCUCAAAUAUCCGGAAAAGAAAGCAAUCUUUCGAAGCAGGGAUGGUGAUUGGGAUUUCAUUUUUCCUCGUAUGCAUUCUCGGGCUAAUGGUCGCUCUUUAUCGGAUUAAACAGAACCAAAAGAUGGAUGAAAAGAGGGAGAAGUACAUCGAGAGCCUCCCGACUUCGGGGACUAGCAGUUGGAAGUUCUCUGGUGUCCAUGAGCCAUUGAGUAUAAAUGUUGCAACGUUCGAGAAGCCUCUUCGGAGGCUAACCUUCGCCCACUUGCUCGAGGCCACAAACGGAUUCAGCGCCGAGAGCCUUAUUGGGUCAGGCGGGUUUGGGGAGGUCUACAAGGCCCAAUUAAGAGACGGGCAUGUUGUUGCUAUUAAGAAGCUCAUUCACGUCACAGGCCAGGGGGACCGGGAGUUCAUGGCCGAGAUGGAAACGAUCGGGAAGAUAAAGCAUCGUAAUCUCGUCCCGCUAAUGGGCUACUGCAAGAUUGGCGAGGAGAGGCUCUUGGUCUACGAGUAUAUGAAAUGGGGGAGCCUGGAGUCGGUCCUCCACGACCAGGACAAGGGAGGACUGUGCCUGGGCUCGAAGCUCCUCGACUGGCCUGUGAGGAAGAAGAUUGCCAUCGGGGCAGCGAGGGGUCUAGCCUUUUUACACCACAGCUGCAUUCCACACAUAAUCCACCGGGACAUGAAGUCGAGCAAUGUCCUCCUCGACGAGAACUUCGAGGCCCGAGUUUCCGACUUUGGGAUGGCAAGGCUUGUAAAUGCCCUGGACACCCACCUCAGCGUGAGCACCCUCGCGGGAACUCCAGGCUAUGUCCCGCCCGAAUAUUACCAGAGCUUCAGGUGCACUUCGAAAGGAGACGUCUAUAGUUACGGAGUUGUCCUACUCGAGCUCCUGUCAGGGAAGAGACCAAUCGACUCCUCACAGUUCGGGGAAGACAACAACCUUGUGAGCUGGGCGAAGCAGCUUCAUAGGGAGAGGAGAGUUAACGAGAUUCUCGACCCUGAGCUCCUGACAGAUAGUAAGUCCUGCGAUGCGGAGCUUUACCACUACCUGAGGAUAGCCUUCGAGUGCCUCGAAGAUAGGCCUUACAGGAGACCGACUAUGAUUCAAGUCAUGACCAUGUUUAAGGAACUCCAGGUGGAUUCUUCGGAGAGUGAUAUACUCGAUGGUUUAUCAGUGAAAGAUUCAGUGAUCGAUGAAUCGAGGGAGAACGAAGUUUGAUACAUUACAAAAGUUCCACUGCGGACUUUACUUCCUCUGCAAUUUUUGCUUGCUGUAAAUAACAGGGCUCCUGCCAAGACAGAAAAACGGCCGAAGGAAAUCAAACACGGAAAUCAGCUCCCUCUCCUGAAGAUCAUAAUCAUGCUCUUAUGUUAGAGAUCUCGGAUCCCUUGUUGUGUAACAGUUUUGUUUUCGGAUGUUCGUGUUCCGCUGGGUCUUACACUGCCCACAUUGUUCUUGUCCAUAGGAUAUAUUAGCAGGGGACAUUAGCACAUGUUCCUGGAUUUUGUAAAGUUGUAGCAUUAGUAUUAAUUAUUGUUCUAAAGUGAAUCCACAGUUCUUGCUCUUAA